AUGUAUAACAUGUUACCCACGUUCUGUCUGUGGAUUAUCCUCACACUGACCUGCGGAUUAGCAGUGGCAAAGAAACAGGAGUCGUCUUCGUCUCUCGGUAGCAUUUUCCGAACGAGGUGCGCGGCAAGGUGCCUGAGUCUGCACAGCACCCGCAUCGCAUCCUCUCCAAAGCAUUUUCAGAAUAAUGGAUCCCUUGGCUGGUGCCAGACUCAUAAACAAUGUGCAAAGUGUCUUGAACCAUGCAAGGAAUCCUGGGAGCUGAAGGAUGGGUCGUGUCGAGAUUUGUGCGAGCACGCGUUUCCUAAGAGGCACGGUGAGUGUGUGACGAGCUGCGAGUUCUUGCGUUCGGUGAUGGUGGUGAAGCAGGGGGACUGCCCCUCUCCGGAGAGGGCGAGCGGUUUUGCGGCCGCUUGUGUGGAAGGGUGCGAGGAGGACGGGGAAUGCUCUACCCAAAAAAAAUGUUGCCCCAACGGCUGUGGGCACACCUGCCAAUCUCCAAAAAACCUUUACAGAGGUGCUCCUCUGAAGCCAAGGAAGGAGCUUAUCUUCGAGGAGCUGCCGUCGGGGCAGUUGGAGGUGCGCUGGUCCUCCAAGUUCAACGUGUCUGCGGAGCCGGUCCUGAACGUUCUGCAGAGGAGGUGGAACUACGGAAUCCACCCCAGCGAAGACGGAGCCACCGACUGGCAGGUGGUGGCACAGACCACAGAAGAGCGGGUCCGAUUGACUGAUAUCCGGCCGGGUCGCUGGUACCAGUUUCGCGUGGCUGCAGUCAAUGUGCAUGGUACCAGAGGCUAUACAACUCCCAGCAGACACUUCCGUUCCUCUAAAGAUCCUGCUCCUCCCCCAGUCCCUACUGACCUUAAGGUCAGUGACAUGACCUUUGGCUCAGACCAAGCAGUAUCUGUGCGCCUGAGCUGGAGCCUGCCGGUGGACCCAGAUAUCCCCGUGCACCACUUCAAACUGUCCUGGACCUGGGCCACGGGUGGAGGUCCCGGUGGGCCGCCCAAGAUGAAGAGGAGGAAGACUGCCAACGGGGACUCAAACACAGCCGAUCUGGAUGGCCUUCGGGAAGACAGAAGCUACACUGUAGAGCUCCAGGCGGUUUCAUACUGGGGCCAGGUCCCAGUAAAGAGCCCCAAGGCCACCCUCCGCUUCACGACCCGUCGCCCUGAACGCAAGUUUGAACCGACCGCUGCUACAGUAGAUGUGAAACCCCCAUCAGAUAUACUGGACGUGGGGACACCCUUCUAUCAAGACCGACAGCUGCAGGUCCGAGUGUACUGGAAGAAAAGAGAUCCAACUGUUAGUCGCUAUCGCGUCCUGUGGUCGCCAGAGUACUGCAGUCACAAUGGUAGCAGAACCAUGGAGAAAGUUAUUACUCAGGAGAAUUACGCCAGCCUGUCUGCUCUCCAGUUCUCCUGUAAGUACAAGGUCGUGAUCCAACCAGUCGGAGUGAAGGGCCAAGUUCAGGCAGAGAGCACCACCUUCUACACCCCUUCUUGUGCCACCAUCCGUAGCAAGAGCUCCAAACCCAUGGUCUGUCCUGGGGAUAUAGCACUACCCUCUGCUAAGGUACUGGCCAAGCCAGAGAACCUUACGGCGUCAUUUUCCGUCCACAAGGGCAACGUCACUGGACUCUUUUCCUGGGAUGUUUCCAUGCCACACCCACUCCAGCAGGUCACAGGCUUUCAGGUCACGUGGACAGAGGUCAAAACAGAGGGCCGCAAGAACAUUCUGCCCAACAGUCUGAUCUCCCAGUCUCAGAUUCUACCUCCAGACCGUAAUGUCGUGGCAGUGUCUGGGCUGCAGCUGGCUUCUCUCUACAGACUGGAGGUCCAGGUCAUUACUACAAGAGGCCAAGGUCCUGCUGCCUCCAGAACCUUCCAGACACCAGGACAUGCCAAGCCAACCCUGCAGUACCGACCCAGACUGAAAAAGCAUCAUCUAAGGGCAGUGGUGGAAAGGCAUUGA